UGUUCGUCCUUGUAAAUGUUUGUUUAUGGGGACCUCUUUUGUAAUUUUCGAAUAAAAGAUGGAGGAAAAUAAUUAAAAAAAAUUGGAGGGCGGAUCAUGGAACACGUGUACAAAACAGACCCGCGCGCCAAAUACAAACCCUGAAGAACCUUAUCGCCAAGCUAGGCUAAGCUCUCCACAAAGAAACCCCCAAAUCCUCAAAAGAAAAUGCUGGGAAUUUCUGCUACAACAAUGGCUUCUUCCCUUUCCACGACCGCCAUCACCUUCCACAAGCUCCGCAUCCGAGCAUCAGCCGCCUCAUCGUCGGCUUCGUCCUCCGCCAUACCAGCCGGCGGCAGCGUGGAUCUCAGCACCCUCGAAUCCGCCAUUUCAAAGAAAGACAGCACUGCAGUGAAGGAGGCGCUUGAUCAGCUGAGCGAACUUGGCUGGGCAAAGAGAUGGAGUUCUCAGCCAUAUGUCUCUCGUCGGACGACAUCUCUUCGGGAGCUCACCACGCUUGGGAUUAAGAACGCAGAGAACCUCGCAAUCCCAAGCGUUAGGAACGAUGCAGCUUUCCUUAUCACGGUGGUCGGAACAACAAGUUUUCUAGGAGUCCUUGCCGGUCAGCUCCCAGGGGAUUGGGGGUUCUUCGUGCCAUACUUAAUCGGGAGCAUUUCCCUAGUAGUUUUGGGUAUUGGGAGCACUGCACCUGGGCUGCUUCAGGUCGCCAUUAACGGCUUUUCCUCAUUCUUCCCGGAUUACCAGGACAGGUUAACUAGACAUGAAGCUGCUCACUUCCUAGUUGCGUACUUGAUUGGGCUUCCAAUCCUGGGUUACUCGCUGGAUAUCGGGAAAGAGCAUGUCAAUCUCAUCGACGAGAAGCUGGAGAAGUUGAUCUAUAGCGGCCAGCUUGAUUCGAAACAACUUGACAGGUUGGCAGUUGUUGCAAUGGCUGGACUGGCUGCAGAAGGUCUGCAGUAUGACAAAGUGAUCGGUCAGUCAGCCGACCUUAUCAGCCUUCAGAGGUUCUUAAACAGGACUAAGCCAAAUCUGAGCAAAGAUCAGCAACAAAAUCUCACCAGAUGGGCAGCCCUAUUUGCUGCAUCUCUUCUGAAGAACAACAGGUCGCUGCACGAAGCGCUAAUGAAGGCCAUGUCGAACAAGGCAUCCGUACUAGAAUGCAUCACUGCCAUCGAGCAAGCAGCAGCUGCCUAAUAUCUCCAGUAGUUCUUUUUCGAUUGUGUAAAAAUGCGCGGAAAUGAAAUGGAGAACUAUAAUGAAGGGAAGUGGCAUAUAGAAGAAGACUUAGAGUUUACUUUAUUGCGAAUUUGUGUAACUCUCAUUACAUUUGAUCUGCCAAAAUGGGGUUUAUUUGAAAUGUAAAGAAUCAUUGUGAAGAGAGAAAUUGUAUUACAGGAACUAAUAACAUACUGGCCAGUGG